ACAGUGACCGUAUUUAUAUCAGUCCGGCUUCGCUGCGUCCAGAAAUGAAGGCUACUCGAAUAAAACAAUUUAGUGUUUGGUGGCAACUGGGAAAAAUCAACACUAAGGUCAAAAAACUCGUCUGUGCCUCCAUUUUUGAUGGAAACGUCGUGAAUUAACGUGUGAAUCCAAAUCUCCCAACUUCAACCGAAACCUCAAUUCUUUCGUUUAUCGCUCAAGAUGUAUUCGGGGACAAAACGAGAUUUUAGUGUCCUCUCGACAGAAGAUCACACGGAUCUUUUUGAAUGUGCUGCCGAUAGGAAAAAUGCACAUCCGCAGUCAUGUGUAGAGACGGGAGCUCAGAUUGGAAGAAAGGGCAGCGAAAUUUCAAGAAUGAAAGCUCUUGUGUCCUGAAGGCUUCAAAAUCCUGGGCCCAAAUCUUUGCUAUGCUAUUCAUAACGAAGAGAAAACCUUUACAGAAGCAGAGGAAACGUGCCGCAAUCAGUCAAGUCUCUUGGCGGAUUUAAAACAACUUAACAAAGGAAUUAAAUUCUUACAUUUCGACCCUUUCAAGUAUUGGCUGUCGAACAGAGGGAAUCAUACAAGAGAACAAUGGUCCGGAAACAACGGCACAAUAGAAAGAAGGAAUCGGACUCUCCUCUGCGCAUAUCGGGCGGAAUUCUUCUCUUGGUUCCUUCCGAGAAAAUGCAGUUCUGCUGAAAAUCAUCCCUUCGUUUGCAUUUAUCAACCAUUUUUGCUGUUGAAUACCUUUACUUUUUCAAAACCCUGGUACAAAUACUCUCACAAGCGUGCGAGUUAUUAUGUUGAACACUUUGAAAAAAAUUGGCACGAUGCCAAUAUAUCUUGCCAUUCUUUUCCUGUAAAAUCAACACUUGUGCAAGACAUCAGGAGUUUGGAAGGAUACUCUUUAUUCAAAGUUCUUCUUCGGCAAUUGGAUCAAGACUCAAAAGAAUUCUCUUGGUGGAUGAAUUUGUUCCAAGAUGGAGAUUCUUUGAAAUGGCUCACCUCACCAGGAGAAAGCCCCCCUUUCGUAGACUGGGAAAGGCACACAGAUUUCAGCAUGAAUCGAUCUGCCGGCGUUCUUGGCGUUGCUGAAAAGAGCUUUCGGUGGUCCCUGAGGGAUCUAUCUUCGAAACAAGGCUCUAUAUGUGAAAUGCAAGACCUCAAGGAAUCUCAUCGCACUGUUGUUUAUCUAGAAGACAGGACAAGUGCGCGUGGAAAGGAAUCCAAUGACGUUUAUGGAGUAGAUCUGCAAUGCAUACCGAGCGGUUGGUUUGUAUGGAGCAGUGUAUUUUGGUUUAAAGAUGGUACGAAUAUUUAUACAAAUACGUCUCAGAAACACUUACAUUUGACUCUGGAAGCCCCGAUUAGAAUGGCAGAAGUAUCCGAGUUUCAAGGUUAUUAUUAUUGUUCGGCUGACUCAGUUAAUCCUGCCGAGGAAAUUUAUUCUCCUAAAAUGCUGAUCAAAUUUCCAGGUGCGCACACAUUUGUUUUGCACAUGAAAUCAGAAAUAGCAGAGAACGGUACCUGUUCCGAUGUGAUCUCUCUGAAACUUCCUUUUAUUGAAGAACUUAAUAAAUAUUUGGAUGCACUUUAUAGCGAUGGAUCGGGGCUUUUUUUGAAGGAUGUCACCUGCAUUUACCCUGUAAUAAAUAUCUAUCAUCACGUCUAUAUCAUUAAAGAUAAAGGAACUGAGAAAGAACUACAGAAUUUCUUAGAACAUAGCGUCCAUUCCAGAAAUGUCACCUUAUUCGAAUCACCGAGGAAGCUCGACGUAUCUGUUAAGAGCACUGUUUCUUGCUCCAAAGAAACGUCGCAUUCUAAUGGACACGUCCUCACUUGGCCCGAGACUCCACUCGGACAGAGCACUUUUCCUGAGGAGAUGUGCGUUACAGCAGAAGACAAUGUUUUAGAACGAAAGUGCUUAGGAGAUUUCUACACCGGAGCGCAAUGGAGUCCAGUGGAAAAGAAUUGUACUGAUGUUCAAUCCAAACUUAUAAUGACUCUCCAUAAACUGUCUCAAGUGAAUAUCACUGAUGAUAAUAUUUUAAAAUCUACUCUGGAAAUGGAAAGGCUGGUGACCACUGAUGAAGACUUAAGUGCAGCGGAUGUGCAGUACGUGGCACAAAUUUUAAGAAAUGUGGCGAGCCUUCCUGCUGUUGAACCUGAAGUCCUGACUUCUGCAGUUCAUACCGUAGAUGAAAUAAUAGAUACUGUUUCUUCAGAGAGCAAAGGUAUCUCACCGAAAGUAUCCAGGAAAAUCACUCGUGCUGUGGAAGAUAUUGCACUGAAUGCACAAACUGAUGGCCAAGCUAUCAAAGUGGCCGGAAGAAACAUAGCCGUGUCUGUGCUGCCUUUAGCAUUCAUUCCUCGCGGAGUAGUUUUAGAGAACUGGGGCUCCAACGUGACAGUAUGGCUGAAUGACAGCAGCAAAGGUCCCGACGAGCGGCUAGGGCGGCUCAGAGACUACGAAGUUGCGGUUCUUUUACCCGAGAACGUGUUCGCAGAGAAGCGGAAUAAUGAUCGAACGGCCAUGGCGAUUGCCUUUCGCAAAAACUCAUUGUUCCUGAAGAAUAUAAAAGUUAUUAGUCCUGUGAUAGAUGUUUCCAUGGAAACCGAGACUGUGUAUGAUGUAGAUCCACCUCUUGAAAUGAUUUAUAAAGUUUCAGAGAUGCUACCACGGCCACGAAAAAGGAACUGGGGAUGCGUCUCUUGGGAUGAAGCAUUAGACAACAAUUUUGGUGGUUGGUCUUAUAAAGGCUGUUUCUCUGUCUUAAUCGAUCCCACGCAUGUGCGCUGCUACUGCAAUCACUUGACAAGUUUUGCUGUUAUUUGGGAAAUAAACCCAGAAUAUAAAAUGCCCAAAGCUCAUGCGGGGGUAUUGAGUGUUUUAACAUACAUCGGCUUUUCCUUAUCGAUGUUUGGACUCGGAAUAGUUAUUCUGACUUUCUCAAUUUUCAGGAAAUGGCGGGAAGAUGUGAGGCACCAAAUUCUGUUCCAUCUCUCUUUCUCCCUGAUGUCCUUCCUCCUCGUAUUUUCAAUUGGAAUCGAGAAGACAGACUGGGAGUACGGCUGCGAGGCGGUCGCUGUGCUCCUACACUUCUUCAUGCUGGCCACGUUUUUCUGGAUGCUCGUGGAAGCCUUCCUGCAGUACCUGUGCCUCGUAAAGGUCAUCGGGACGUACAUUCCCCACUUUCUGCGGAAAGCGAUGCUAUUUGCAUGGGGAACACCCGUUAUAAUCGUAGGAAUCGUCUUGGCUGUAGACCACAAAUUAUAUCACAACGGAACUCCAUUCUGCUGUGUGUCCGGAGACGUCUUCUACUACGCCGUAGCUUUUCCUGUUUCAGCUUCGCUGGCUUUUAAUUUCAUAAUGUUUGGACUCAUUUUUUGUUCCAUCACUUGUGUACGAUCAAAGCAGAGGCUGAGGAGCAACCAGGACGAAAAGAAACUUAUGGUGGCUCGUGCGAAGGCCAUGUUUUGUGUGACUUUCGUGGGUUUUUGGAUUUUUGGCAGCCAUGGAAGAAAUAAAAUUAUUGUGUCAGUAUUUAUUUGUUAUCACAACUACAUUACAGGGAUUCCUCUUCUUCGUCUUAUUUGUUCACCGCCAAAAGAAUACAAGGGACCUCUGGCAAAACUUGGUGAAAGCGUCUCCUAAAUCCAUCUCUACCGAAUCACUUAGGUUAAAGAAGUUUUGAAUUUUGUUUAAUGAGAUAUUUUCAUGACUUUUUACUUAAAAUAAAGGAUGGAACUUCA